AUGACGUCAGGAGACUGUGUUAAACAAGAAGCUAUAUUCGCUGGGGUAAACAAACAAUCGUUUGUUGCCGACUAUUGCGCAAAGGAACAAUUAGUAGCAUACGGAGCAUCAAAUAAUGUUGCAUUAUGGAAUCCAUUAUCCAAAGAUAACAAAGGGACAUACAGUACGUUGAAAAAGCACACAAAGGAAAUCACAGGCAUAAGGUUUAUUCCAAAUAGUCCAUAUUUAGUAUCAGCUGCUGAGGACUUUGAAGUGAAUGUUUGGAAAAGACAAGGAAAUGAAUAUGGUCACCAUAGCAGUUUAGAGUUCCACCACCAUUCUAUUACUUGUUUAUCAGUAAUCAACGAAUUUAUAUUUGCCACAGGGAGUGCUGACGGGUAUAUUGCAUUAUGGGGAAUAAAUAACGAGACAGAGGAAUGGGGUUUGAUACACAGCUUUCAAGUGAAGUCCAAUUUCUAUCCGAUGACAUUAGCAUUACAAGAUGUGGAUGCGAAUGGUGGUUAUGUUUUAGCGGUGGGAGGUACGACCCCAAUGGUCUACAUUUAUUCUUUUACAUUGUUAUCAGAUCACCAUAGUCUUUCACAUUUUGAUCAAUCGGCCGUAUUAACGGGACAUGAGGAUUGGAUCAAGUGUCUUAAUUUUGUAACGGAAGAAAAAUACAAAAACUACAUAUUAGCCAGUGGGGCGCAAGACAGAUACAUCAGAUUAUGGAGAUUGAAGUUGAAUGAUCAAAUCGACGAUUCGGAUGAAGAUGAACUGAAAUUGAUUCUUUUAUUCAACAAGCAGUACAAAUUUAACGUAGGAACUUCUACCAGGGCUGCCAUCAGUUUUGAUGCCUUAAUUAUGGGUCACGAUGACUGGGUUACAGGUCUUCAAUGGCACCCAUCGUACCAACAGGAAUCUGGUGAAAAGAGAUUGCAAUUAUUAUCCUCGAGUGCAGAUACUGCGUUGAUGGUAUGGGAAAUGGAUACUGAUUCAGGUAUCUGGUGUUGUGUUAAUAGAUUAGGUGAAAUGUCUAUCAAGGGUGCUUCCACCGCUACUGGUGCAUCAGGGGGAUUCUGGUCAUGUUUAUGGUUCAGCGAUGAUCAACAUCAAUAUAUCUUGGCUAAUGGUAAGACUGGUUCCUUUAGAGUAUACAAAACCGUCGACAAAGAGGCUAGGACAUGGGAAGCUGUUUUGGGUGUAACUGGUCCUACCAGAGAAGUUACCGACUUAGUCUGGUCUUUAAAUGGUGAGUAUUUCAGUACGACUUCGUUAGAUCAGACUACAAGGUUAUUUGCUCCAUGGGUAAAAAACAGGGAUUUCAAGACGUGGCAUGAAUUCGCCAGACCUCAAAUCCAUGGUUAUGAUAUGAUUUGCUUGGAUAACAUCAGUGCAACCAAAUAUGUAUCUGGUGGUGAUGAAAAGCUUUUAAGGGUUUUCGAAAUGACGCAUUCUAUUAGCAGAUUAUUACACAACUUCUGCGGUAUUGAUAUCGUUUCUAGUGAAUCCCAAGAGGAAUUACCAGAGUCUGCCUCGUUGCCUGUAUUAGGUUUGUCUAAUAAGGCUGCUAAUGAACAACUUGAGGCAGGUGAUAUGUCUCAACAACAGCAAGACAUGGAAGAAAAUGCCGAAGCAAACACACCGAAAGAGGAUAUUCUAGAAUCCUUAACAUCUCCUCCAUUAGAGGAUCAUUUACAGAGAUACACUUUGUUCCCAGAAAUAGAAAAAUUAUAUGGUCAUGGAUACGAAAUAACCUGUUGUGCUACAUCUCCGUCUGGUUCAUUGAUUGCAUCAGCCUGUAAAUCUAAUAAUGCAAGACAUUCAGUCAUUCGUGUUUUCAAUGUUGCAGAAGAAUACCAGCAAUGUGCACAAGUAUUAGAAGGCCAUAACUUAACAGUCACAAGUUUAGAGUUUUCUCCUGAUGGCCAGUUCUUAAUGUCUGUUUCGCGUGAUAGACAAUUCUCGUUAUGGAAAAUAGUUAACGAGAAGGCAGGUAAGUUCGAGCUUCUUGAACUUAAUGCAAAGGCACACAGCAGAAUCAUUUGGGAUUGUUCUUGGGCCCCUUCUAACCCGUACGGCAAUUUCGUCGUUACCGCUUCCCGUGACAAACAAAUUAAAUUAUGGCAAGUAAAGGAUAAAGUAGAAGCCAUCUCGGCUAUCAAGUUGCAGGAUGCCGUUACAUCUGUUUCCUGCUACAGAUCUGGCUUGCUCGAUACUAAGAUACUGCUUGCAGUUGGUUUUGAGAAUGGUGAUAUUUCUUUGUUUAGUGUGGAUCUCAAUGAACCAGAGAAACAUUUCAAAUUAAACUUGAAGUUUGAUUCUACAUUAACACCCGCCAGUAGAGUUGCUAAGUUAAGCUUUAGUAACAAAUUGCAUGACAACAACAAGAAUUUGAUGCUUGGUGUCGCAAGUAACGACACAUCCGUGCGUAUUUAUAGUAUAAACAAGGAAAUUUUUGUAUAG